UGGUCUCUGGGCGGGGUAGCUCGUGCGGAUGCAGCUUUUUCCAUUACGACAAGCUGCACCUCAUCAAAUCAACGCACGCACGCACGCAAGCACGCACGCAAGCACCGACAAGACAAGAUGGGGAAAGUUAACGGCUGCCUCAAAUGCCUUUUUGUCUUCUUCAAUGUCAUCUUUGCUAUCGUCGGAUGUCUGCUGAUCGUUGCGGCGGUGAAGACCAGCAUCUACAAUGCGCAGCUGUUGGCGUUGGGCGCACCGGGCCUGGGCUGGCUGUGGGUGUUUGCCAUCGGCGUCCUGGCCAUUUCCUGUUUGGGGAUCUACGCGGGGAUCUCGGAGAAGGCGCUCGCCCUCAAGAUAUUUGCCGGCUUCAUGGUGGCGGGGAUGAUCAUCAUGCUGAUCUUCGGCAUCGUGGGGGUCGUCCUCAGGAACAAGGUGCGGCAGAUCCUCCGCAGCAGCUCGGCCGAGGUGGUCAAGCCCUUCAUGGCGGAGCAAACGUUUCGCGACAUGCUUGAGCAGCUGCAGGAGCCCGCUCGCUGCUGCGGCAUGGUGAGCGCCAGCGACUGGGGUGAAGUCAUUCCAAGGACGUGCGAGUGCAGACCUGGACUGGACGGCUUCGGAGGUCACGGCAUCUUUGGCCAUUCCGGAUGCCAAGCCAGACCUCAGGGAACCACUGGCCCCAACCGGAUCUACCAGCAAUCCUGCAGCGAGCUCAUCGUCAUCUACAGCGACUUCAUCUUCAACAUCAUCAUCGGCUUCCUCUUCGCCUUUGCCGUCACGGCGCUCCUUGGCCUGCUGAUCGCCCUCCUGAUGAACCACCAGAUCAAGCGCCACGAGCAGGCCGGAGCCUCGUCCGUCGCCAUGAAGGCUUACUGACGGACGGACGGGGCCACCUUUUACCGGCGAGCGCGCGGCGCCACAAAGUGUAUAAGAAAAGUUUUCAGCCGCCUGCCUGCACCCUCGCGAGACGUUUGCGCUCUCUCUCGCUCUCUCUCUCUGUCUCUCUCUCUCUCGCUGCAGCCAUUCCUAUCAUAUUCAGCGCAAAGGCAUCCAACUGUGUUUUGGGACAUUUUUACAAGUGAACAACAUUAAAGUGUAUCCCAAAGUGU